UUUAUCAUAGUUGGUAAAAGUUCCUUAUAAAUAUGUAUCCAUAUCUUAGUAUCGUUGAGUACAGAAUUAAUGCCUAAGUAUCUGUUAAAUAGAACUAAACUUAUUUUGACAUGUUCCUCAGGCGAUGUUUUGCAGUUUGGCUGUGAUAAGUCGAAUGCCGUGCUAAAUGAAGGUAAUGUCGGAGAGAACGGCGCCUUACCGUGGCUUGGGGUGCUCCGAGUUCAUGUGCAUAUUACUGGGAAGGAUCCAAGGAUUGGAUUAACUGGCAUUCUGCUUGUAAAAGCAAACUAUGCAAUCUCAAACGCCGAUGACGUAGCCAAAAUACCGAAGUAUAUCUUGAGGUCAGACAGUAAAGCAAUGUUCAUAGCCACAAAUAAUACGCCGUGGUACUGCGGUGUUAAGGAUUUGAUGCUGCAUCCGGAAUAUGAUGUAUCUAACCCGAACACUAUUGCACUUAUAGAACUAGCUACUAAUAUUUACGAAGCGCCAAAUUUGAAUUCGAUUUGCUGGCCGUAUCAACAGUAUAAUGCUUCGAGCAAUUUGUAUGCAAUUGGAUUUACUGACGAAAACAAAUUACUUGAAAAAGUAAUUUACAAAAUGCAAUUUGUCAACAGAAAUAUGUGUGAUGAGUUCUACAAUAAAAUCGGUGUUCCUAAAGAAAUAUAUCCCCGCUACCAAUGUGGGUACGCGACCAACAAUAAGAACAACUGCAAGUGGGAUAACGGUAUGAUCCUUGCAUCUAACUCGACUGGCCACUGGACUGGGAUAGGAUUCGGUAUCCAAGGUCCUGGCUGCUCGGCACCAGCCCGAUUCAUCGAGCUUUAUCCAUAUUUAUCCUGGAUAGACUCCGCUACUGAUGAGAUACCGGCAUAACUGCGACAAAAACAUCAUUAAUUAAAUUAGAACUGUUAAAUAAUUAAUGAUUUAAAGUUUCAUUGUUUUGAUGCUUACA